AUGGUUUUACUUGGACAGUUAGAGCAGUGCAUGCAGCAAGGUCGAAGUUACUAUAACUCACAAGCUCAAAGAUUAUCUCGGGCAUCAUUAUUAGAGACAUACCGUAAGACAUGCCAUAAGAGUUUAUCAAAGCAAAGAACAAAGAAAGAAAUCAGAGCGCAAGCUGCUAGAAAACAUAGUGAAGCCGAAAAGAGACGUAGAUUGAGAAUCAACGUUCAAUAUGCGGUACUCCGCGAUAAACUCCCCAACAUACUCAGAAAGGACAAGGCAUCACUACUAGGGGAGUCUAUAAAGCAAGUGGAGGAGCUGUUGAACAAUGUAGCAACAAUUGAAGAAAAUAGUGAUGACCUAGAGGAGGAGAAUGUGUUUCCUAAUGUGAAUGAUGAUUUGGCUGUGGAAAAAUGCAAUGAUGAACAGGGUUUAGUAAAGGCCACGUUGAGUUGUGAGGAUAGGCCAGGAUUGAUGCUAGCUAUUUCAAGGGCGGUAGCGGAGGUAAAAGCCAAAGUGGUAAAGGCUGAGAUGGUGAUGAUGGGUGAAAGAUUCAAAAGUGUGUUGUGGAUUCAGUAUCCUGCAAAUGAAAAUGUUACCAUGCUCAAGAGGGUUUUGAAGGUUGUCAUGCAAAAGCCAUCUUUUAAGAUGAGGUCGCUUAAUAUUUCAUAA